AUGCAUUUCAAUAAUUCAAGGAUAUUUCUUUGGUCGGACUCCACCAUUGCCCUUCAUUGGGUGAGCUCACCCUCUCGGCGAUGGUCGACCUUCGUGGCAAAUCGAGUGGGCGAGGUUCAACCACUCGCCGAAAUUAGAGACUGGCGCCAUGUUAACUCAGAAAACAAUCCUGCCGAUGUUCUGUCGCGCGGGUUGAAUCCUAGCGAAUUAAUUGAUUCUAAUUUUUGGUGGCAUGGACCUUCUUUUUUACUAAACGAUGAUGAGCUCUGGCCGAGCGGCACUGUGCCGCAAUCCAAGGGGGAGCUCCCCGAACAAAAAAAGGUAGCCUCAAAUGUGAUCGCGAGUCGUAAUCACAUCAUCGACGAAUUGCUAACCAGAUUUUCGCGCCUUACUAGAAUCACGCGGAUAGUAGCUUAUUGUUUGAGGUUCUCGAAGGCAUAUCGUCCGGACAUUCCGUCAAUGCUUAUAUCUCCCGCCGAAGCAACGCGCGCGCUGGAUAUUAUAUCCAAGAUUGUGCAGGAGCAGUCUUUUCCGGCGGAAUACAGGGCUUUGCGCAAAAAGGAUGCUAUAACCGCUCCUAGCAAUAUAUCAUCGUUAAACCCCUUUAUGGACGAUUCAGGGCUAAUACGGGUAGGGGGUCGGUUAGGCAAAUCAAGCCUACAGCGCGACGCGCGUCACCCGGUAUUGUUGCCGUCCAGCCACGCGCUCACCCGGCUGAUUAUAGAGCAACAGCACGUGCGUAACCUACAUGCGGGCGCACAGGCCACCAUGGCUGAGCGUCAGGCAGAGGUUUUGGCCUUUAUCUCUGCGAUCCGCUACGCGUAG